AUUAAUAAUAUUAUUUUAUUUCUAUUGCAGUUCUUAAAUUCAUUUUCACGAGUCCCUAUCUACACACUUGAUUCAAGAUGGUUAGGGAGAACAAAGCUGCCUGGAAGGCUCAAUAUUUUCUUAAAGUUGUCGAACUCUUCAACGAAUACCCCAAGUGCUUCAUCGUAGGUGCUGACAAUGUCGGUUCCCGUCAAAUGCAACACAUCCGUACCAGCCUCCGCGGUAUGGGUGUCGUUCUUAUGGGUAAGAACACCAUGAUGCGCAAGGCCAUCCGUGGUCAUUUGGAGCAAAACGCCCAAUUGGAAAAAUUGUUGCCCCACAUCAAGGGUAAUGUUGGUUUCGUCUUCACCAAGGGCGAUUUGGCUGAAGUUCGUGACAAAUUGUUGGAAUCCAAGGUCCGUGCUCCAGCUCGUGCCGGUGCCAUUGCUCCCUUGCCCGUCAUUAUCCCAGCCCAAAAUACCGGUUUGGGUCCCGAAAAGACUUCUUUCUUCCAAGCCUUGUCUAUCCCCACCAAGAUUUCCAAGGGUACAAUUGAAAUUAUCAACGAUGUGCCCAUCUUGAAGCCUGGUGACAAGGUCGGUGCUUCCGAAGCUACCUUGCUUAACAUGUUGAACAUCUCUCCCUUCUCAUACGGUUUGAUCAUCAACCAAGUUUACGAUUCCGGUUCCAUCUUCUCGCCCGAAAUUUUGGACAUCAAACCCGAGGAUUUGCGUGCCAAAUUCCAAGCUGGUGUUGCCAACUUGGCCGCUGUCUGUUUGGAAAUUGGAUACCCAACCAUUGCUUCGGCUCCUCACAGCAUUGCCAACGGUUUCAAGAACUUGUUGGCUCUUGCCGCCACCACCGAAGUGGAAUUCAAGGAAGCCACCACCAUCAAGGAAUACAUCAAGGAUCCCAGCAAGUUUGCUGCCGCCGCUGCUCCAGCUGCCUCUGCUGCCCCAGUUGCCGAAAAGAAGGAAGAAGCCAAGAAAGAAGAAUCCGAAGAAGAGGAUGACGAUGAUAUGGGCUUGGGUCUUUUCGAUUAAGAAGUUCGAAUGCACUUUUAAAAUACAACAACAACAAUUUUACCCAUUCUCUUGGGUAUUAACGUUGAAGAGAUUACGCUUUAUGGCCAUAU